CACGGACGCACCGUCUCGCAGGAUUGCAGCAGUCUGGUUGCGCCGCCCUCUGCGACCUAGCUGCCUGGUUGUGGACGUCCGCCGUCCGUUCCCCUCCCGGCCUCCCUUGCCCGCCGGCGUUUCGCCUCGCGCCAGCCGCCGUGCUGCUCCAGCCGGGUGCCGCCGCGCCGGCCCUACCUUCUCCGGGCUCUCCCCCGCCCACGGGGCCAGGACUGCCCCCGCCGCCGCCUCUGCCUGCUACUACUUGGUUGGUAGGGCCAGUGCCAGCCGGCCAGGUCGCUGGUUUUGUCAUGGACUCUAACAUGAAGGAGCUUCAAGAGGCUCUGGUUGACAUUGAAACUGAUGCAGAGCAACUUCUUCUAGCUAGACAUGAGCUUGUGCAAAAUGACAAGAUGAGGAAUGCUAACAGGGAGGCGUUGACAGCCCUCCGGAAAAGAGCCAGGACAACCAAAAGUAGUGUUCCAUCUCCCUUUGACAUCGUAAUGAAAGAAAUGGAAGGAACCUCAGGCAAGCAGCUGGUAAAGGAGAUAUGCUCAACUUGUGGAAACCACGACCCCAAGGAACAUACCUGGCUAAUGUUUCCAGGAUCAGAUAUUUUUGCCCGUGUUCCAUUUCAUGCAACACACACUAUUCUGGAAGAAGAUCAAGAACGCCUAGACUUCGACACCAAGAAGCUGCAGAGCUUUGUGAAGGAGAAGUCAUUUCUGAUCUCCGAGAAGGGCGCCCUUGCUGACAAGAUCAGCCCUGGGAUCGUGAAAUCCCUUGUCAGCCUCACAGAUAAUCCUAAGUAGCUAGGCACAUUACAGGAGGCAAAGGCAGCUCGCCUCAAUGCCGAGUAGUCCACAUGAAAGUCACACCUGAACUGUUCAAUGGUUUCAGCAACUGAAAUGUUUCUGGAAACAUGUGAUUCGACGGGUUGAGCAACUGAAAUGUUGUUCCUGGAAGCAUAUGGUUUCGGUUUGGACGUCAACUUUGAUCAUGAUUCUAAA